UUCAGUUAUGUCACAAUUUUUCAAUCAUGAUCCGCAUUGCAACAAUCAAAAUUGAUAAAACCGAUGACGGGCGUGCGGCACGAAUCGAUCGCGCGCGAUUGAUCAAGAUGGUCUGGUAAACGCAAAGCUUCCCCCGUCUUUUCGCCGUUUCCUUUUAACUUUUAGGACUUAAAACACAGGACAACACACGCUGCAGCGAUCACAAUGGAAAGCAUUCUCGCUACAAUUUUCGGCCUGAUCGUGAUGUUACCGCUGCUCGUGUUACAACUCCAACAGACGCUUGUCCUGCAUCCUCCCCGAAAGUUGCUCGCUUCGCUUCGGUGCUACGUGACAAAGAGCGCGCGCGACGUUAGAUGCGGCAAGCGCAACCUAGUGCAGCACUACCCCAAGCUGCCGGAUCUGUUAAAUUCCAAUUCCGAGUCCAGGAUGGUGGUGUGCUCGGCGCGGAGCGUUCUCUCGUCACCUGCCGUGCCACAUGUCGCUUCCGGCCGGUACCAGCUCGUUAGGAGAACGAUCCCGUUGGCGCGGCACUCGUCCUCCUACGUGGCGACGCAGAUCGUGCUCCCGGUGGUGGACAUCACCUGCAACUACAACUCUUACCGUUACGCGACCUUCGAGGAGAGCCUGAGGAAGCGAUACGGCGCGAACUAUCCUCCGGGCGAGGUGGUGCUGAAUUACAUUCACUUAAACACGCCGGACUCGAGGACCGGGAUCGAUAACGUCAGCGACGAUCUUCUGGACGCUUUCGUCGACGACAACGUCGUCGCCUACUCGUCCGUGUCGACGAAGCUGGAAGCCGAAUAUCUGAAUCUUCUGGAUCACUUCGUAUUGAAGCAACGAGGAAAAACCCUGACCGCGGUCAAGUUUACCGAGACGCUGCCGUCCGAUGAAAGAAACCUCGAAAUGUCGUCUCACGCCGGCACGUGGAGCCAAUCAACUCUGAGAAGUUCGGUCACUCAGGAGAAGUCGGAAUCCAGAUCAACGUCCGGCAAUCAACGUUCUUUAAAGAGUAUUGAAUGCUGCAGCGGCGCAAACAGACGUCCCAACAGCUCGCAGAGAACGCUCGGACGACGGUGAGAAGCGUUCGAUAUCGUCGGAUGUACGGUAAUCCCAUCUCGUAAGCGCGGCCAGCUGCUGUUCGUUGUGAGAUCAGAGGAAAACACGCGGGACUGGAAAUUUCAGGCCGAGGGAAGCUCUGGAGCUAGGCGGUGGUCUGUACGUGUGGAAGGAACGUGGUCAGCGGCCGAACGUGAAGCGCAGGAAUGAGACUUCCGAGGAGGAUCAGAACACAAGGAAGGGAAGAAAAUUUUGAGAUAUAUAGAAUUGAAAAUGGUCUCUCCGAAACGAAGCAAGACGGCAGUAAAACUUCCACAGGGGACACUGUGGAUGAGGCAGAGGGAGCGGAAGAGAAAGAGAAAAAGAGGGAUGGACGAGUGGUAGUGGAAAUAGGCAAAUCCCAUGGCACUCGAUCCCGACUCUGGCAGCGGACUCUGCCAGACACCGGGGAGAGAAAGAGAGAGCCCGGGCCCCUGUUAUACCGGAGCUUUUAUUUCCGAAGCAUCGAUCUCCAUAAAGUUGCUGCCGCAAAAUGAGUUCCUGCGGUCUUCUUGGAGUUAUCCUAAAGCGCUUUGCACCUGCCGAGAUAUAUUCAAAGACUACGCGUGUGUGUGUGUGUGUGCGUGCGCGCGCGCGCGCAGUUGCAUUCAAUUAAAGAAUACAACCCGGCCGUUUUAGAAGUCUGACGAACGGUCGUCGUAACUUGUUUGCAAAAUGUGAAAUCUCGUCGUUACAAUCCAAUUGACACGUAUUUUUUUUAGCCAAGAUUCAAUAAAAAUAUAAAUAUUGCGCGAUAAAUAAAUGUAAUAUUCCUGAGAAUAAUCUUGUUAUCUGUUAAGAUCGUCUUUUUAGAUUGAAGACAUGAUUAGUAGACGCUCUCUAUCUUAAGAUAUUCUCAAAAUUGUGAGAUUCGCGGUAAAAUUAGAUCGAGCGUAAUUUUAUAAUAGACGGGAAUAGAAUCGAAGCUAACUGAUAGUUCUCGUUUCCGUUUUGGGACUUCAAACAUUUUCUCUCCGCUAAAAACUUCUAUCUCAAACUUCUAUCUCUUUAACUUCUAUCAAAUGUAUUCUGCGCUAAAUAUAAUUUUUCUUUAGCCGAAAAAAUUUCCGAGAAGUUUGAAAUUUUUUCUAUUCUUACAAAAAAAAAAAACCACGCACUUUGCCGCUUCAGAGUUUGAUCAAAUAAAAAAUUGAUUUUUUUCUUUCAUUACUACUUGCAGACGAAAGCGCGCUUAUUAAAUUUGCAUGUUACACAAGAUGUUGUUGAAAAAUCUUUUUCUCCGAGGAAAGUUUCCUUCGAUUUUUCUGAAGAAAAUCUUUCUCCAGGUAGAUAGUCUCAAGUGUACUCUCGUACGUUUCGUUCACACAAUACGAGUGUACACCGUCCCUACAGUGCGUCUAUAACAGACACAAGCCGCGCCAAUAUAUCCCCCCAGAUUCGUGACUGGAACUGUACGCAGCCGAGUAAUUCGAAGGAACGCCGACUUUCAUUCUCUUUUUCUCUUGCCGUAAGUACGUCCUGUUAACACAGUAUUUACGAGUCGUUCGUCGUUUCCCUCGGGGCCAGUCAGCGCCAGCAUCGGAUACGUAUUUUCCUUCUCGCGGUGCGAGAGUAUCUCUCUCUUUCCUCUUUCCUUCCGGGCGCGGCACGUGCGCGUCGCUUUGCUCGUCAACCUCUGCGCGACUCCGUUGCUUCUGGCCCGUUCUUUUAAUCUUCCUUGCUCGCUCCUCUUCUUCGAACAAUUUAUCGCGAUUUGUCGAGGGGUUUCCCGAUAGCGACUUUUAACACAGAUCACGCCGAUGUGACGUGUCAGCAAACAAGAAAAAUCAAAGUGUAUGACGGCACAAAAGAAGAAGAGUAUAAAAAUCUACUGCUGAAGCAUCUAUGACGUUUGAGCGUUUGAGAGGGCAAAGGAGGAAAGAGAGAAGGAAUUUUUCAUCAAAUAAUCAGACAAAGAGAUAGCUCAGAAAAUGGGACAUUCUGCUCAAUUCGAUUCUAUUUUAUUACACUGCCCCCUGCCGCUCUCUCUCUCUCUCUCUCUCUCUCUCUCUCUCUCUCUCUCUCACAUCUCCUUUUUGCCCUACGUGCACGUCAAGACGUGUACGUCGCAGAACACCGGUAAUGCUGGUCGACGCUGGAUACUUAGACUCUCGCAAUUGCGGCGCAAUGCACGUAGAGCGGAUAUCGUGGUAGAGGUAGUUCGUAGAACGCGCAAACACACAAACUCACAGCUGGGAAAUUUCGCGCCGUCGCUGUUGUUGUCGCUGCUGAAGCGAUAAAAGAGUGUCGUUCUGAAAAACGUAUAUAGAAACGCACGAGAAACGUUGUUUAUUCCCUCAAAUUCCGACUUUCUGGAGUUGUUGCUCCAAUUGCGCACGCGCGAUAAAAUUUCGCGCUAUUUUGAGCUAAUGCUUCGCGCAGAGUUCAAGUGAAGUUUGUCGAGAACAAGUUCGAAGCGUGGAACAAAAAUAUUACACACACACACACACACACAUAAAUGUACUAAAAACACAUCAGAGUAGAAAAAUUUAAUCGCGUCUCCUUGUGCAGCGAAUUUUCGAAACGAAAGUGUAAUGUAAACACUUAUUUCACAGCAUUUGUAGUGAAAUAUAGAACUUUAACAAUUUAAGAAAGUAGUUUUUAUUAAAGUAGACGAUGCAAUAUUUUAUCAAGUUUCAACAGAUUACGGGUGUCAGAUAUUUUUUGCUUUUUGACAAAUGUUUAAUUCAGAUCCGUAUAAUAUUCCGAACGCUCGAAAAUUGCGCGCGAAAAUAGAGCGCGCGCGAUAUUGAAAUGUUAUGUAAAACUUACAUCCACAGCGGAAAGACAUUUUUGACAAAUUGGAAAAUUGAAUUAAAAUCGACUUUGAAAAGAGAGAGAGAGAUAGAGAGAGAGAGAUUUUCAUACGGAUAAAAGUUGCGUUAUAUACAAGCGCGCGAGCGCGCGCUGUGUGAUGUCCCUGCAGAGCAACUACAUUAAUCCUUUACGCGAAUGACUCUCUCAAGCUCGAGAGAUACGCGUUUGUAUACACACGGUUCUCGAUUCCUUCGAGACAUUUGUAUUGCUUGGUCUGAGAUUCACCGAGAGAAAUCACAACGCGCACCGCAUUUCAAAUAAAUGUAAACCCAGAGCGCGUCUCGCUCCAGCCACGAGAUGCGGGAACGAUAUUAUCGUUAAAUGAACUAGACCAAAUAAUCUGUCGAACGCGCGCAAUUCGUCUAUUGUGGCAAAUGGCGGAAUUAAUUUGCUUCGAAGAAACUUAGACAGAAACAAAAAUAAAUCAA